AGAUCAGUUUUGUCUCAUUCAAUCAGUUACCGUCGACCAACAUGGAAUUUCCCCGCGAUUGUUCCGACUUUGAAGUCUUAAAAGAAAAAUUAAGCUGCGGUACUAUAAAUUGACUCAGUUCCCAAUUAUGGCAUUGGCAGAACCAAUCCGUUUUAUCUUCAGCUAUUCUAGUAUUCCAUUUGAAGAUGAAUAUAUCAGAAAGGACGGCUGGGCAGAAAUAAGCGAGUGUAAGCUUAAAAUUUAAAGAAAUUCUGUUUCUUAAAUCUCAUCUUUCCUAAUUUAACUAAAGUAGCUAAAUAAAGUAGAAUACAAUUAUGCAGAGUACAACAGAGAUUAUUGUUUACUCCCACAUUGCUCUAUAAGAUAUGUGGGAGAACAAUAAGUAUUGUUAAGGAGACAAUGCCCUUUGUUUGCUGAUAAAUUAUCAAUAAAUUAAAUUAUAUCUUUCCAAAACAGAUAACAGGAAGCUAGAUAUUUAAGAAGCAACAUAAUCUGUUUGUUCGAUAGAAUCUUUGAUUCUGUUAAUUGUAUGUUUUUAGUGGCUUCUUGUAACAUGCUUCCUAUGCUCAUAUUUGAUAAAAGGCUGGUUGGUCACGCUACAGCUAUUUGCCGUUUCGUAGCCAGACAAUAUGAUUUAGCUGGAAAGACUGACUUGGCAAGUCUUCAUAUUGAUUCCGUUGUUGAUACUAUUCAUGAUAUUCGUUAUAUAAUUGCCGAGUUCUACUAUGAGAAAGACGAGAAGUACAAAGCUAAGAAACGCGCGGCUGCUGAAAAGACGCUGCCGCCCAUUUUAGAAAGUUUGGACCAGGAUGUGAAGAAGAAUGACGGCUACUUCCGCGAUGGUACUCUCUCUUGGGCUGAUUUAACAUUCGUUGCUCUGCUCGAUUAUUUCAACUUUAUGUACAAGAGUAAUCUGAUCGAGAAUUACGAGAAUCUGAAGCUGCUGGAGAAAAGGGUCCUCCGUCUGCCCACGAUCAGAGACUGGUUUGAGAGACGCCCAGUUAGCGAAUACUAAACUUCACGAUUGCUUAUGGUUUUAUAAGUGUUUAGAGAUUGCAGUCUUAGUUGCUGUGUUUAGAAAAUGAAGAACGAAUCGUGUUGAUGUUUGUAUGGAAUAUACUGAUUGCUUUUAACAUUCAUUAGUUCCAGUUAUUACCGAUAUUUUUGUCAUUUAGAUAGGGUUUUCCCUUUAGAUUAUGUUGCGAUAGAGAACUAUUAUUUGUGUAUUCCUACAGAAACAUACGAACUAUAUAAACUGUUGACACGAUGUUCUGCUUUUGUAGUAUAGAGAUAAUAAUAAAACCAUCAAACAAUCAUUAA